AUAGCCUGUGCGUGUCUUGUGAGCGUUUUUAUGCGCCAGCGUGGAGCGCGUAACGGCCAGCAGAGACCUGGCAGGCAGCUGCGUAAACACUGCCUAAGCCUUUCCAACACUGCGAACAAGGAUGUAGGCCGCAACUGUCAGAUGCAGACAGUCCGACCGUGAUAGGACCGAGGACAGGCUAUUCACGGCGUGAUAAUGUUCGAACACUUUUCACCGAUGCGCUUUAGAUGUUCCGAUCGACCCUGAUGCCAAAGCAUCAGUAAGGUCUGGAAAGUAGUUCGGAGAGGAAUUGAUCAGGUAAAGACAGCUGUCGAACGGUUUAUAUUCUAAACAGACACUAAGACGUUUUUAAAUGGAACUUCCAAAAGUCACAUAACCGACAUAAACUACUUUUUGACGCGUGCGUAUGCGCGUUUUGGGGGAGUUGGGGAAAGGGAGGGUAGGGGCUGUCAGUUCCGCGAAGGAACGUCAUAUCGUGACGUCUCCGUUUGGAGAGAAGAAAAAAAAGAAGGGCGACAGAGGAGAGAACAGCCGCGCGGCUUAACUUUGUGCUCCGAGACAUAUAAAACACAGACGCCCAACUCCGACCGGACAUGAGGCGCACAGAUCCCGGUUUUCUCCACUCACACCCUCUGUUUUUCCCGUUCCUUCUCCUGAUAAAAAAAAAAAGUGAUAACAACCCUGGAUGUUUACUGAUUUAACCUACAUGUGACGGAUUAUGUAGUCUGAUUUUUAUCUGGCAGAUUUGUGGAUUUCAUCAGUUUCUCCGGAAUCGCCGAUUUUUACGCACAGAUUUUUUCCCCUCCUGUUUAUGCUGUAUUUUUUGCAGCAACUUUAUCCUGUGGUCGGAAACGCACGAUCCCACACGCCCGAUCUCUCAAGUGAACAUCAGUAUCACAUCUCCCCUCGGGCUGCACCCGUAAUAGCAACACGGAUCGCUUUCGCGCACCGAUACUGCGCCCCUCACACAGGGCCCGGGUCACUUUAUGCGACGCACUUCUCCAACUUUUUUUGAGGGUCUUAACGACUUUUGGACCACAGUUUCGGGCCAUCGACCGUCUGAAAUGCUUCCCCUGUGCCCCCUGUUGCUCCUGUUUCCCGCUGCGCUCUUUGUGGCCGCGCACGGCGUUGGAGAUCUUCAGGGAUUCAUUUCCCCCGGAGGCAGCGCCGGUUUCGACCCACCAGACCCAUGCAUGGUGAUGUCUCCACCAUGUAUGAAUGAAGCCGAUCAUUACAGCCUGGAGGCACUGAGGAGCAUCCACCAGAUGAUGGACGAUGACCAGGAUGGUGGGAUCGAGGUGGAAGAGAGCAUGGAGGUAGCCAAGUUUAUAAUUGAAGACAUGAAGCAGCAGCAGCCCCACAAACACAGCAAGCUGCACAGGGAGGACCAACACAUCACGGUGGAGGAGCUCUGGAGGAGCUGGAAAUCAUCUGAAGUACAUAACUGGACUCAAGAGGAGGUCCUGCGCUGGCUUAAGGAGUUUGUGGAGUUGCCACAAUAUGAAAGGAACUUUAAAGACUUUAAGGUCAACGGAAACACCCUCCCCAGGAUCGCUGCAAAUGAGCCCUCGUUCCUCAGUGGCCAGCUGAGAGUUCAGGACCAGAGAGAUAAACAGAAGCUCAACAUCAAAGCUUUGGAUGUCGUUCUGUUCGGACCACCGACACGUCCCCCUCAUAACUACAUGAAGGACUUGUUGCUCAUUGUAUCUGUGGUGAUGGGUGUCGGGGGCUGCUGGUUCGCCCAGGCCCAGAGCAAAGCCAGCAAGAUCCACAUCACCAAGAUGAUGAAAGAUUUGGACAGUCUGCAGAGGGCUGAACAGAGCCUGAUGGAUCUGCAGGAACAACUGGAGCGAGCCCAGGAAGAAAAACGAAAUGUGGCGGAGGAGAAACAGAACCUGGAGGAAAAGAUGAGGGACGAGAUCAUGGGGGCGCAGGAGGAAGCUCACCGCCUGCACGAGCUGAGGCAGGGAGCGGUCAGCGAGCUCAGCCGCCUCCGAUACGCAGAGGAGGAGCUGGAACAGAUCCGCGGUGUGCUGAAACAGGCAGAAAAGGACAUGCGGGCUAGCUGGAGCGUCUCAGAGGCCCUUCAGCAGUGGCUGCAGCUGACACAUGAGGUGGAGGUUCAGUAUUACGGUGUCAAAAAGCAGGCCGCGGAAAAACAACUGGCCAUCGCGAAGGAAGAGGCUGAGAAGAUUAAGAAGAAGAGGAGCUCCGUGCUGGGGACGCUCCACGUGGCCCACAGCUCCUCCCUAGACCAGGUUGACCACAAGAUUCUGGAAGCGAAGAACGCGCUGUCUGAGGUCACAGCCUGCCUGCGAGAGCGCCUUCAUCGCUGGCAGCAGAUCGAGAUCCUGUGCGGCUUCCCUAUCAUCAGGAACCCCGGUCUAGUGAACCUCACCGCGCUGCUCUACUCUGAGUCGUUAUCCCUGGGUCCGUCCCGUGUGCCGCAGCCAUCCUGCUCGUGCCACAGCUCUAUCCAGGGAUCAAUGGAGGAUCUUAUAGACGAGCCCGCCCCUCCAGGCUUGCCCCAGAUGUCAGUUUCAAUUAAGCGAUCUCCUCGGCCCCUGGGGUCCACCAUAUGCAGGGCGCGCCGUCCAGGCACCGUACCUCCGCCACAGGCUACCAUUAUGUCGCAGGACCCUGACCUUCUGAUCCCCAUCCGAUCCCCAUAUCCGUGCUAUGAUGAAGGAGAGGAGCGCUAUCUGAAAACUCUUAAAAAGCAAGAUUCCCAGGAGAAAUUCAUAGACAUAGACUAUGUAACAUCCCCUCCUGUCAGUAAAAUCUUUCCAAGUCCCACUAUUGAUCCUUCCUCUCAGAGGUUCUAUCAUGAUGAGGCUGAAAUGCUUGCAGACACCUCAGUUACAAAGUCUUUUGGUGAAGAAGUCGAGCCUCCAGUUCGCAAAACUUUUGUGGAAGAGCGUGAAGCUGCAACAGAUACAGAUGUUUCCUUAAGGAGAAAGGCUAAAGACAAAACCAUGGAAGCUUCUUUGGAUAACUCAUCUUUGAAGAUCUCAGACGAGUCUUUCCUGAGCGCUGCGUCAAAGAAGAUGUCUCGAGAAAGGGGUGAAGCUUCCACGGAUCCUGCACUUAGAAAGGGGUUUUCAGAUGAGUUAGAUUCCGAGUUUCUACCCAGGAAACCGCCAAAAGACGCAGCAGGGGAUUUAACGGACAUCUCAUCGAGGAAUGUCUAUGCAGAAAGGUAUGAUUUACCUCUGGAUGUAAGAAAGAUUCGUUGGACCGAAUUAGAAGACGGACCAAGAAGGAUAUCAAGAGAUAUGAUGGGAGUGUCGGUGGACACAGCCUCAAAAAAGAUGACCAGAGACCAUGCAGAACAUCUGGUUGAAUCCAAGAGGAUUAUGAGAGAUUCCGUGGGGAUAUCACAGGACGCAGGCUCAAGGAAGUUUACUCAGAGUAUAAGAGAACGUCUGCUUGAUUCCUCUGUAAGGGUACUAGCAAGGGACAAAAUGGUUGAGGCUGCCACCAAGAAAAGAUUGCCACCAAGAAAUCUUUCUCUAGAUGAGUUAGAGUAUUGUACAGAAAUCGCCUCAAUGAUGAAGAUGCAUGGAGACCCAUUUGGAGAGUCAUUGACAGAUAUAUCACCAUCAACAGAUAAGCAAGAGUUUGGUUCAGAGUCAUUUAUAAGUAAUGAGAUCCCAAGAAAUGAACCCGAGGGGUCCGCUGCUUCUCUCAGAAAGAGGAUGCCAAGAAUACCAAGAGAUGACAUCAGCGGCUCAGCAGAAGUCUUCUGGGACAGAGUUGAUGCUCCAGUGGACAUACCUAAACAUCUAAAAUGUCGGGAAGAGCUGACAGCACCGGAGGCAAGUUCUUUGCCGUGUCGAAUUGGACAGCCGGACCUCAUGCUAACUUCCCAAGUACCUUGGAAGUCGUCAACAGACCUUUAUUCCAUCGGCCCACUGAGCCGGCUCGUGUACGAUGGCAUCCUCGAAAAGUCGUACAGCUCCAUAGCUUCGACCCCGACCACUCUGUCCGCCUCCACACCCAACCUGCCGGAGAGCAGAGCGAUGGCUGAGGUGGGGUCACCAGUUCCCCCACCCAGAGCUGAGAGCGGAGAUGCCAAGAGCAAAGACAAAAUGAAAAACAAAAAAACCCUAAAGCUAAAAAAUCUUUUUAAGAAGAAGCACGAAUCAGAGGAGCUUCAAAGUGGUCUCCAGAAGCUCUGACAAUCAGCAGGAAAAUUUAAGUUUUAUUGAAUCAGAGGUAGGAGCUUAAGAGCCUCUUUGAUUUCUACUGCACAAGUUCACUUUGCUAUGAGUUUCUAUGUGGAUGUAGAGCGGCCAUCACUAUGUCUGCCUGUAAGGCAACAGAGAAUCAGUUUUCUCUCUGACUGGCUACUCGUUCAGUGCUCUGCUGCCUGCACGCCCACUCAUUGCUGGAAUGUCUUCCCAGCAUGUCCUUGAAUUGAAACAUACUGAAAGUUACAGAAAACAUUGCGUUCUUAACUUUCAAUAUGGCUCUUGGUGACCUACAAGAACAGGAGAGCAGUGGAAAUCAGAGCAGCUAUCCCUCUUGAUACGUUGUUUCAGAAGCCACAAGGACUCCUAAACAGUUUUUUAUGUGGCGUGAGAUCCAAACUAAAACACUUUUGUCACUUUCUGGUUGGAUGUAGGUAGAACGAACACAUGGAUUUGUUUGCAAUUAAUAUAAUUUGCUUCGAUUGUGCCCUUCAUUGUCACAAACAGCCAUUUACUUCGUUACAAACACAGCAUGUAAAGAUGAGCUUUGGCACUUAGUGCUUAGUUUUAGAAAGAAUAGCUGCACUUGGUUUGGUUGAGAAAUCAAAAGACAUUUGGAAGGUUCGAAAUAUAUAUAUUUUUCCUUAAAAAACUCAAUUUUUAUUGUUAGAUGCCAUUUUUACCCUUUGUGUGGAAUUGCCACUUCAGGCUGAGUACUCGUAAACAUAAUUAAUGGCCAGAAACCUUCAGAAACAAACAUCAUAUGAACAUAUUCUGAAGAGGCACAAGUUGGAUACAGAAAACAAAUCCAACAGUUUUAAAGUUCAAAAUGUAUGCUUACAUUUGGUCCAUUUCUUACUGGUUGGAGUUAAAUGCAGGAAGCUGGGUGGAAAAUUUAGCCCUCCUGCAUCACAAUAUCAGUAAGAGAUGUAUAUGUUUCCCCUUUAAAAAAAGAAACCUUUUGAAAAGAAAUAAUAAAAAAAACACCUAAAAAUAUAACGGCCAAAUAAAAGACACUCCAUUGGAACCCAAAAAUUAAGAAAGCAAUGAGGUUGAUUGUUUCUCAUGUUUUUGUAUUUAAAGUGGGUUAUUACUUGGUUGAUAAGUCUUAAACACACAUGGUUGGCGCCAUGUUAUUUUAGAUGCUGAGGAUGCUCGGUUGAGGAAAUAUUAUGUGAUGUGCUAAAAGAUUCCGCUUUUCUGUGUUCCAAAGGCAAUGUUUGAAUUCACUAUCAACCUGAAAUGGAGAUGCAGUGAAAUACGCACUGAUGGCACUCAGAGUUAUAUGCGUCUUCAUAUUCAUUAAGCUUCCAAAAAUACAUUUAUACUGAUCCCAAUUUGAGUUAACAACAUUAAAAUAAACACGUUAGCUUUUAUAAGGCUAUUUAUGAAGUCAGCUGUGAAUAAAAUCAGCGUCGAUAUAGGUGAUGUUCAGAUGUAACAUACAGUGUGUUUUCACACAUGUUGAAAAGGGAUUUCACAUUAGAAAUUUGUAGUUUAUGUUUUGGUCAUUGAAUGAUUUAAAUGCACUCAUAUAGUCGCAUUAAGGCAGUUUCACGAUUUCUUUAGACGUCGAACUGUAUUUCUUUCUUUGCCUUUAUUAUAAAGUAAGAAUGUGCACAAUGAACACGCUCAUGGAUGUGUAUUGGGUUUGAGUUUUUAAGUGCCUUUGAAUAUGUUGGACACUUGAGCUAAGAAAACAACACUUUCCUCAAAGAUAUUUAUUUUACAACAAAGAAAUCAUUCUCAUGGCUUAAUCUCAGUUGUGCUUUGUAGACUACCGUAUUACGCUGGUAUGCUUUAAGAGAAGUCUCUGUUCAGAAGACACAAUCUUUCUGACAACCUUGAAUCACAAUUUUUAAACAGAUAAUUUUGAAAGUUUGUUUUCAAUGUGUGGUUUAUUUACAAAUCCUUCAAAUAGUGAAUUAAUUCUUAUCUAAAAGUCAUUUAAAAAUUACUGUAUGAACUGCAUCCAAUUGACUGUAAUAAUUAAGUUAUGAAUUGAUCUGAAGGAUCCUAUUUUCUUGUGAAAAUCUGAUUUUACAGAUACACACAACAGUUAGCUUGAGAGGGUUUGCAGUUGAGAAAAUGCCAGCCAUAUUAUUUUUUCUUAAAAUAAAGGCAUUUAAAUAAUUUAAAUGCAUGCUUUGAUCCUUGACUAUUUUACUUAUUGCAGGAUUUAUGUCCACGUAGGUGUUAAAACUGAGCCUUUGUUUUCAAUUUCAGAUAAUUCAGAUCUGUUAAGUUUACAGCUGGAUUGGAAUGUAAGUAGAUAUAUAUUUUUUGUAAUUAUUUAUUUCUUUUUCGUCAAGCCUUUACAUUUGUUCUUUCCGUGUCAAUCGGAAACGUUUCAGUGUUAUUUCUGGUCUUAGAAAAUAACAUUUUGAAAUGCUGAAACGGAAUUUGUUUUAGCUGGCUGUCAUUUGUUUAAGUGUUCUAAACCAUGAUGAUGUAAGUAGAAAGUGAUAAAAUUGGUCUUCAAUAAUAAAAAAGUGUUAUUUUAAUGAUUUCAUGCUAAUUCUGUCAUUUGUGAAGGAAAGGCGAAAUUGAGGUGCC